CCUGGUCAGGGGACACGGGCCCCUGGGACUUGGGUUGGGCCACAAGGAGAGAGGCCUGAAUGGCCAAAGGGAGGAGGUGUGCGGGAAGCCGCAGCGUCAGACCUCUGCCUCCUCCCUCAGAUCGUGAGGCUCCCCAGCCUGGCUCGGGGGACCCCGAGAUCCCCGGCCGGCGACAGCAGGCGGAUCAGACCCCCUGCUCCUGUCCGCCUCUGGGUCCCUACAGACAUGGGGAGGGGAGGACGGAGGCCCCAGCUCCCUGCGGGGGAAGGGCGUGAAGACGCGCGAGGUUCGGGGGAGAUGAGCUGGCGUCGCCAUGACAACGAGGCUGGUGGUCCGGCCCUGGGGACCCGGGAGGGAAGGAGGAGUAGUGGCCACACGCGCUGGCGGGGGCGGGGGCCCGGGUCUCCCAGGAGUACUUGGGGAACACCCGGCAAUUCUGGCGGCUGCUUGCUGGUGGCGCAGGGAGCCCGCGUGUUUGCGAGUGCGUGUGCGUGCGAAGUUCUCCGGCCGGACUCCGCGCUCUCCUCGCCGGCCGCUGCCGCCCAGCCUGCACCCGCCGUCCCCCCAUUGCCUGGGCACCUGUUGGAGGCAGAGCCAGGGGUGCUGCAUGAGGGGCCGCAGGGGCGACCGCAUGACCAUCAACAUCCAGGAGCACAUGGCCAUCAACGUGUGCCCCGGGCCAAUCCGGCCCAUCCGCCAGAUCUCUGACUACUUCCCCCGCCGGGGACCCGGACCUGAAGGGGGCGGCGGCGGCGGCGAGGCCCCCACCCAUCUGGCCCCCCUGGCUCUGGCCCCCCCUGCAGCCCUCCUUGGGGCCACCACGCCUGAGGAUGGUGCGGAAGUGGACAGCUAUGACUCGGAUGAUGCCACCGCCCUGGGCAUGCUGGAGUUUGACCUUCUCUAUGACCGGGCCUCCUGCACUCUGCAUUGUAGCAUCCUCAGGGCCAAGGUGGGCACUCCCUGCUGCCCCAGCCCGGGCGGUUUGCGUGCAGCCCCCAGAGGGGGCCCAUUCCUCCUUCCCUUCCCAGGCCUGCUCCUUCCUCCUGCCCUUGCAACCCCCUUCUGGGCUCCUCCAGGGUCCAGCUCUACAAGAGGGAGAAAGGUGCCGGGAGCCUCCAGCCCUCUCCCCUGCCCUCCUCUCCAGGGCCUCAAGCCCAUGGAUUUCAAUGGCCUCGCCGACCCCUACGUCAAGCUGCACCUGCUGCCUGGAGCCUGUAAGGCUAAUAAGCUAAAAACGAAGACUCAGAGGAACACACUGAAUCCCGUGUGGAAUGAGGACCUGACGUACAGUGGGAUCACGGAUGAUGACAUCACGCACAAGGUGCUCAGGAUUGCUGUCUGUGAUGAGGACAAGCUGAGUCACAAUGAGUUUAUUGGGGAGAUCCGUGUGCCCCUCCGCCGCCUGAAGCCUUCGCAGAAGAAACAUUUUAACAUCUGCCUCGAGCGCCAGGUCCCGCUGGCAUCCCCCUCUUCCAUGUCGGCGGCGCUGAGGGGCAUCUCCUGUUACCUGAAGGAGUUGGAGCAGGCGGAACAGGGCCCGGGGCUGCUGGAGGAGCGCGGCCGCAUCCUGCUGAGUCUCAGCUACAGCUCGCGGCGCCGGGGACUGCUGGUAGGCAUCUUGCGCUGCGCCCAUCUGGCUGCCAUGGACGUCAACGGUUACUCGGACCCCUACGUCAAGACGUACCUGAGGCCUGAUGUGGACAAGAAAUCCAAGCAUAAGACAUGCGUGAAGAAGAAGACUCUCAACCCAGAAUUUAACGAGGAGUUUUUCUACGAGAUAGAGCUCUCCACUCUGGCCACCAAGACCCUGGAAGUCACCGUCUGGGACUAUGACAUUGGCAAAUCCAAUGACUUCAUCGGUGGCGUGUCCCUGGGGUCAGGUGCCCGAGGCGAGGCUCGGAAGCACUGGAGUGACUGCCUGCAGCAGCCAGACGCAGCCCUGGAGCGCUGGCACGCCCUGACCAGCGAGCUGCCCCCCGCGGCUGGGGCUCUGUCCUCAGCCUGAGUGGACAGCAGUGUCCUGGUACAGGCCUAUCGGGCCGGGUGCAGUACCCAACCUUCGCACGAGUGUGUUGCACGUUUACACGGGGUGGGCUGCCCCCACCCUGCACUACCUUAUUUUUGUGAAUCUCUGUGACCUGGGUCUGUCUGCUCGUGAGGGGCUGUGGAGUUCUAUAUUCAUAUAUGCAAACCUCCUGCCUGACUCGCUAGUCCCUGCAAAUAUGCAAAGCCCCCCUCCUCUGCACACCCGGGCAGUGCUCAGAGCCCGGCCCCAGGCCCCCACGCUCCUCGCUCCUGCCUCUCCACGCUGCCCCGUCCCUCUCCCCCCACAGGGAGGAGGUCGGAUUAGGGGAGGUUCAGAGGAGGAGAAUGCCUCAGAAAAAGAAAAAAGGACAAAAAACACACCCAGAGCCACUCCUUUAAUACAGAAACUUCAUUGCAAAAACCUAGCCCUGUACAGCUGCCCUUUUAAAGGGGUGGCCAUCGCAGGGUCUCUGCCUCCCCAGCAGGGGGCAGAUGCUCCCGGCCACUCGUUUAAAUAACUGUCCCCUGGAGGGGGCCAGAGUUUGAAGGCAGGGCCCUUGCCACCCUCCUGGGGAACACCCGUGCAUGUUUACGCCUUUUCUGGUUGUGUCAGUGGCCGGAGCAUGGCAGCUGGGCAUCAAUAAACACCUCUGAGGAA